UACCAACUAUACGGGAUAUCAAUGCAAGGGUAAAUUUCAAAAUCUUGUAAGGGAUCACACUUUGAUGUGCCAAUAUAUGGCAAGAAAUCAUAUAGGGUGUAGAACCAGAACUGAAGUACGAUACUUUAAGGAAUUCUGUUCAUGUUUUUGGGAGAGACCAGAAGUUUUAUCAAUGAUAAAUAUGAGUCACCGUGAAUCUCCAACUAAUAAUGUAAGUAAUGUAAAUGAUGCGGAUGGGAAUUCAGGCUAUAACACUAAUGAUGUAAGUAGAAAUUUAGAUAAUGUGACAUACUUAUCUUUACCUAAUUUAGCAAAUACUACUUCAACCUCUAAUAUAUCUGCAUCACAAAAUGAUAGUAAUAUUAGUAUGCCCAAUAUAGGAGGUAGCCAACCUUCUUGUAUAGAAAAUAUAAAUGAAGAGGAUUAG